GGAUCAAUACGUUACUUAAGGCAAACCUUCACAACAACUUUAGUACUUGACUUCACUUCUGGUGACUGAGCUUUAAAAAAAUUGUUUAACAAGAUUUAAUCAAAGGAAGUACAUGUAUUUAAAUUUUAAAAUACUUAGUUAACAAAAUCAUAGAUUUUUCAAGCAAACAUCACCUGACCAAGUAUAAACUUAUUGCAGGCACUACCCCCAGUCUGUGAACCAAGCGUUGAGGAUGUCUAACUAUUUCUAUGACACCACAUUCCCACCAAACUAUCGAUCCGCUUAUGGAAGAGAUUUUAAAAGGGGCGUUGAUGCACCCAUCGAAUGGAAACGCCCUUCUGUGAGUAAAUUUCCUAUACGUGUAAUGUUUUAUUGUAAGAUUAUUGUCUGAGUUAUACAUCGGUGAAUGGAACACCAUGUCUGUUAUACCAAUGAGGGCAAUGACAAGUGUGUAAUGAAAAUCCUUAAGUAAUAGGAGUAUAGGUUUAAUGAUUAUUUAAAUGUUAGAUUUGAUAGCAGCGAAGCGCCGCCAAUCAUGUGACAACAAUCUGUUUUGGUACUUGUGGGUUAUAGUAAAUAUGUCAAGGUAUUUGUAUUUUGUUCUUAUCAUACCGAGGUUUUAAGAACCAGUUUGGCAGAAUAGUUACAAUUUAAUAACAAGUUUGGCAGAAUAGUUACAAUUUUGUAACCAGUUUGGCAGAAUAGUUACAAUUUUAUAACCAGUUUGGUAGAAUGGUUACAAUUUAAUAACGAGUUUGGCAGAAUAGUUAAAAUUUUGUAACAAUUUUUUCAGAAUAGUAACAAUUUAAGAUCAUGUUUUGUAGAUUAGUAGCAAGCAAACAACCAGUUCGCUUGAAGCUGCUCCAGCAUAUUGAUGCACGAACGUGAGUUAAAGAUGUGAUGGAGGUCUGUGUGAUAGGUCUAUAAGAAAAGUCUGUGAGUUUGGACUUUGUGAAAUGUCCCAAAGAAAAGAUCUGUGAAAUGUUUUUGUGUGUUUCAAGGGAAGGCCUCGGCCCCAACCUGUCACCAUCUAUCUUGACAUUGUAGUGAUGAGUACAAUACCAUUCCCCGCAGUGAUUUUGAAUGGGGUAAAUCCAAGUGUUAGAUAAAAAUCACGGGAUUCGUAAGUAAUCCACGGCUACAGAUGUCACGCAGAUAAAAACAUAUUUGAUACUUGAUAUACUCGCUCUGUUACUGACAGUUAACUGUAUGUAGAUCUGAUUACAACUGUGACGUCUAAGUUGAUUACUUUAACUCUACCCUACAACUAUACUCUUUCAACUCAACCGUCUAACUACCAUGAACUUCCUCGACUGUCUGCAUUUCAACUUCAGUGUCCCGUACAAUUCAAGAUUUCUCCACCUCCUAUUUAGCCCAGGAAAAACAAUUAGUUAACAUUGCCCUUAAUUUAUUCAUUACCCAUCUGCCUUAUUUCCGGACCUCUCGGCCUGGAAUUACAUUUAAUAUCAUUAAAACCUCUAGCCAAAGACCCCCAAACUAACCCCUUCACUGCCUUUACUAACACUCGACCGAAAAAUAACACCCCAGCUAAGACGUCUAGUCCUUCCUUAUAAAGAAAUAAUAUUUUCCCGACUUCUUGACUGUUGAUGGGACAUCCUCUACCAAUAAACUAGACUGCUACUGACCACCCAAACUGUCUCUUCAAGCAUAUGCAGUCACUUGUUAAAGGGGUAGCAAAGGGGUUGACAGAUGAUGGAAUAUGCCCCCCCCCCGCCCCCAUCCUUUUGUAUCCAGACUAGUGGCAGGGGGCCAAUGUGUACUUUUUUUAUUCUGUUUAUGAAAAGAAUUCGUUUAUAUAGGGGGUGGGGCAUUGUGUAAAAUGAAUAAAUCUUAUCCUGUUAUCUUAUUCUUCUAACAAUAAAAUUAACGAAGCCAUUUUGCUUUAGAUCAGUAACAUUUUGCUAACCUCUGACCUCGUCCUCUCACCGCGUGUGCUCUAACAAAGUAAUCUCACUCCUAGAUCCCCACUCUGAAUUAUCUUGAUAAAAUUACAUAGAAUAAGACUUGGCCUACAAGCUACCCUUUUCCCACAUGAACGAAAAUGGGGAACUAUUCUCCCUCCUUCAGACCCAAUCAUUUUUUCCACUUCAUUUGUCACUUUAGAUUCUAAAUUUUGAAACUUAUCAGAGUUAAUAAAUAAUUUUAAUUUUAACAACAACAAAAAAAUGAUUACCAAAUAAUAGCUGUGAAGCUCUCCAAGAAACAGUUGUCAUCAUAAUCAUUUCCCUUAGUCCUUGUACCGCUGGGGCGCCACAGAUGACAUGUAAACUAUCCUCCUCCGUUCGUCUCUGUUUUCUGCACUACGCACAGCAUCGCCCAGUGUUAGUCCUGUCCACUCUUUGAUGUUAUCCUUCCAUCUUUUUCUAUGUCUUCCUCUUCUUCUCCCUCCCCUCGUUGUGCCCUGCAUGAUUUCUUUGGCGAGCCCUUGUUUUCUUGUCACCUGUCCAUACCAUUCCAGUUUGCGCUUUUUUAUAGUCACCAGGAGGUCAUCACACUGCCCAUUUGCUUGACGAAUCCUUUCUUUCAUUUGCUCGUUAGAGAUAUAGUCUCUAUAGCAGAUUCCAAGAAUGCUUCUGAAACAUGUCAUCUCCAUCGCCGUUAUCUUCCUCUCAAAUUCUGCUGUUAAUAUCCAGGACUCGCAGGCAUACAAGAAAAUGGAGAGGACUAAUGAGCGCAUCAGCCUGAUUUUCUUGCUGGGGGCUAUAUUUUUGUGUCGUUCCAUAUUUUCUUGAGCCUCUUUAAUGCUGUUGUGUUCUGGGCAUUCCUGGAUAUCAAUUCGGGCUUGGAGUCCUCUACUGUCUCUAAUCAUCUCCCCCACGACCUUAAUUUCAGUUGCGAUGCCGGUGGUUUUAUGUGUCAUCAAUUUUGUCUUUUCUGCACUGUUUUGCACGCCAAAAGACGAUGAAGUCUGGUUGAGGCGCUUUACUAGGUUGGCUAGCACUUCUCCGUUUCCAGCCAGUCCAUCUAUUACAUCUGCAAAGCUUAGGUUGGUGAUUGUUCUGCUACCAAUGCUGACUGUCCCUUCAUGCACUUCCAGAGCAUCUGACAUAAUUCUCCUUAAGAAGAUGUUGAACAGGGUGGGGGAGAGCAAGCAGCCUGUCGUACUGCAACCGUGGUCUUGAACCAAUCUCCGAUGUUAUUGUUGAAGAAGACUGCACUAGUGACCUUAUCAUAGAGGUUGCAUUUCAUUCUGGUUAAGUUUGUGUUGAUGUUGUAGUGCCCCAUGGUGGCCCAUAAAGCAGCAUACCAAACCCUGUCGAAUGCCUUCUUGAAAUCAACAAAAACAUAGACAUAGACGUCGUAUAGACAUAGUAUUUUGAUGUUUAGGAUCUGCUCAGUGUUUCCACGUCCUUGCCUGAAGCUCGCCUUUUAUUUAGCAAUUAUUCUGACGGCAUAUGGUCUUAGUCGGUUCAAUAUGACCUUCAGAUGACCUUGCUUGGGAGGCUUAGUAGACUAAAGGUGCGAUCGUUUUGGCAUAGUUGUAGGUUACCUUUCUUGGGGAGGGUAAUGAUAAUCGAUUGGGUCCAUGAUUUGGGCCAUUCCUCUGUCAGCCAUAUUUUGUUACAAAUAUUGAAUAGAUCUGUUAUGAAGGACGUGUUUACGUCACACUUUCCGCGUGCCGUGAACUCUGGUUGACCCCAAAAUUAGGCUGCUUUUCGUAUUGGGCGUGGCCUGUCCCUUUCAUCUUAGCGUGUUUACUGCCACCACCAAUGAAACAUAACUAAUCUGUUCUCAUUUUAUGUUGUGGAAAGUUCGCGAUUGGACUAGAAAAGUAAACAAUGUAUAAGUAUUUUCUAGAAUGCGUCUUACGCUGCAUAUAUAAUGGGGCUCAGAGAACAUUGGAGAGAUUGGACUGAUACAUAUUUUCACUUCACGAGGCAAGUGUAUUAUUUUGUGUGUACUCAUAUGUGUUUAUUCGCAUUCCUCAUUAUACUUUAUUAAUUGGCACAUUGUACUAACUGUGUACCGGUACAAGACAUCUUGGCUAGCACUUCUCCGUUCCCAGCCAGUCCAUCUUUGUAAGUUGUAAUUAUAUUUCUUCUUUUUUUGUAAUUAUAUUAAUACUUUAAAAAAAACAACUUACUAAUUGUAAUUAUUACUGUUUUGAGUGUCAUAUUUUUGUUUGUAUCUUUCUCUAUGGUAUCGUCCUUUGUUAUGCACUGUUUGAACGAGCCAUAAAAUAAAAAUAAGAGAUUAAGUUCUCACAAUAGAAGGAAGUGCGUAACAGGGGCACUUAUCAUUGCUUCUCCUCCUUGUUUCAUCAACUCUCCAGGGAUAGUAUCCACUCCUGUGGCCUUUCCUAUUUGGUGUACUUGGAUUGCUGCUUCUAAUUCUGCGUGGAGAAUAGGGUAGUAAUCAUUGUCCAUUGCUGCAGGGACAUUUAGGAUCUCUUGGUCUAUCUUUAUAUUUUCCUUAUACAGCUCUGAGCAGUAUUCAGUUCAUCUUUUUAGGACAUCAUUUUCCUCUGUCAAACAUUUACCAUUUUUAUCCUGUAUGGUAGUACUACGCCCUUGUUUUGCAGUGGUUAGUUCUUUCACCAACUGGUAUGCUUUUUUUUGCUAUCGUUUUUCUUCAAGCAGUUUUAAAUGUCGUAGCAUUGCUCUUCAAUCCAGUUCUUCUUUGCCCUUCUCAUACCUUUUUUGAUGGAUUGGUUAACUGUCCUAUUUUUAUUGGCCCCCUCUGUAUCUACCAUCUUUGUUUUCUUUAGCUGUCUCCGUUUAUCACACAGAUCACGAGCGUCAGCUUUCACCCAUGGUUUUCGGGUUGGUCGAUUUUUAAUUAAGGAUGUAAUGAGCGGUGUCCGUCACAGCUGUGUUGAAUUAUCAAUCAAUGUGUCCAUGUCUGAACAUUCGGCAUCUAUAAUGUUAAGCGCUGCAAAUUUUCCUCCUAUUAUUGCUUGGAAAGCUUCUGCUACAUUAGGAUCCUUCAGCUUUUCAAGCUCGAUUUUGUUUCUGGUAUAUCCCUGUUUGUUUACCCUCUUUAAGUGCAGCCUAAAGGCCAUCAUGACUAGAUCGUUGUCACUUCCAAUUUCAGCUCCUGGAAAGCUGUAAGUCUUGGCAAUGUUUAUACUAUACCGGAAGCGUGUUUGCAAAAUGAUUUAGUCAAUCUGGUUGUGGUGUUUCCCAUUGGGGCUGUGCCAUGUGGUUUUCCUGAAUAUUUUAUGUGUACCCAAUGCGUUGGCCAGUAUGAGUUUGUUGAAGCUGACGAAUUCCAAGAGCCUCAGACCUCUCGUUUAAAGUUGGGUUACAGAGGCGUCCACACGUCCCUUUCCAGUUUGCAUAGGCAUCUUCUCCUAUGUUGGCAUUCCAUUCACCUUGAACGACAAGAGCGUCUUUCUUUGGGGUUUGGGUCAGAACAUCCUUGGGUUGAUGGUAAAGGUCAUCCACUUCUUUGUCAUUACAAUCUGAAAUUGGUGCAUACGCUUGUACGAUGGUGAUGUUGAACAGUGUUGCCCUGAGACGAAGAUUGAUGAGCCGGCUCGAAACUGGUCGACAGCUCAUAAUACUGUUCUUAAUGUUUUUAUGGACGAGGAAGCCAACUCCUUGUUCGCGUGUGUCCUCCCGUCCACUAAAAUACAGUAUGUGGCCUUCUUGAGUCGAUUUUUCUCCAAAGUUUUUCAAUUUCAUUUCACACAGACCUAGCAUUUCCCAUCUGUAUCUGCUCAUUUCAUGAACUAAUUCCUCCACCCUGCCCGUUUCUCUCAGCAAUCUCACGUUCCAGGUACCCAGUAUAAUGUUAUUCCUGGCACUGAUACUGUUGUUGUUUUUUUUUUUGCUGACCAGUAGUAUAGUUUCCACCUCCGAGCCCAUCAAAGACUGUAGACACUGCCCUUGGUAAUCCGGGCGACGGUCGAGCCGGUAUGGAUUGUGAAUCUGUUCUCAUGUACAUGUAGCGUAUCUAAGGUAGUUGUCGCAUGGCGGCGCCCACCCCUCUCCAUGCCUAGCCACAGCCGAAGACCUCCAAGUAGAUGGUUCGCCUUGGACACGAACACGUGGCCGUUCAAGUUCGUCUCGGAACUCUUGCGUCUUGACCGAUAACCUGCAUCAGGGAGGUUUUACGCCCAGUUGUGUCGUGUUAACACCGCCCACUCAUAUGGCUUAGAACUAGUUGUAUAAACCUUUAAAUGGAUUUAGCCUUCUUUUUUUUUUUUUUUUUUUUUUUUUUUUACAUCACAACGAAAUUGAUACAUAUUUUGUUAGAUAUACAUCCUUAAAAAAACAUUCCACGCAUGAAGAUGAUUUAUUACAACAAUACUUUUUUGUCUUAAAAAUUAUGAUAUCUCAUCAAUUGCAGGAGCUUGUCUGGCAACCAGAGUUUGUUGUGGACGGAGCGACGAGUCAUGACAUGGACCAAGGAGCAUUGGGUAUGUCAUCUACCGAUUUCAAAUUAAGGCCCAGAAAAUUUGCUAGUAGUUUAAUAUCUGAUCACAACACCCCCCUUCACCAUACACCUGCUUAUAACUUAUCAUCUAUAAGAAUGUUUAUUGAAGUUGAUCCAUCAUUUCUAAUUUAUCCACACUAGGGAACAAAGCUAUUUUAUUUAGAUUUGUUAAAGUACAAAAAUAAGCGUAGACGUUCUUUUUAAAUAAAGGUACGACGGCUAUUAUAAUAUCAAUAUAUUGAUUCUCAAAGUGGGUGGUAACACCUCCAGGAAGCAUCAAGUAGCUCAAGGGUGAGCUGAAAGGCUCGGAAAAUUUAUGGUGGCGCUGGGAUAACUAAAGGGUCAGCUGACAAAAUAAAGAAGUGUUUAUUGGGUUUUUCACUUUUAAUUGUGUAUGGUAGUGAAAAAUAAAAUUCUGUCUUGAUAGUCAAAUUUAAAUAAAAUUCGAUGAAAGAUAAAUGCACACGUUGAGGUGCUAUGAACUGUUGACAUGUGAAGUAUACAAAAGAGCUGUCUAAUGAUCCGAAAAGUGUCAAGUGUGUGUUCCAACGCUUCUCAACAAAACAGAGACCGUUUGCGUUCUGUACUUAACAGAUCAGUGUUGACUGCUCGAUGUGAAAGUCAAAGAUAAUCGCUUCGAAAUCAUCCUAAUACAAAAUAUGAUAGGUUGUAAUCAAAGUUUUACGUAAGUCACUUCAUAAUAUAACUAACCUUAUAACUAUCAGCACUAGAAAGACUAUGCUGCUUUAGGCUGGGUGUUUGGAAGAUCAUGACUGCUGAAGUUAGUUUGCUGGCUAUCAGACUUGGUAUUGCAAGCAAUUUAACAUUCAUUUAACAUAAAGAUUCCAUCACUUCUGCUCUGUUGACUUCCAAAUCACAAGGACGCACUAAACUGAUUUAACAUUUUAUUUAAAAGGAUUUUCAUUUUAAGGAAAUUGGAUAAUUUAUUAAAAUUGAAUCGCUUCCCUACUUUGGUAUCACAAUGAACACUAUUCAAGUGUUGCAAAACUGGCAUAUACGGCAGGUGCACACAUUUUCACAUUUCUAAGCCAAGGGAUAAAUAAUUUAUAUCGAAGAGGAUGAUGUGAGUGAUAAGCUAAAUUCAGCUAAAAUUGUGUUUAUUUGAUUCCGAAGUUUAAGCAAUUGUACCAUUAUUCCUGGCAACUCGUUGAACAUACCUUAUCGCUACCCUGUUUGAUGGAGAUUUGUGACAAUGGCUCUUUUCUGCAUGCUGAACAAUAUGUUUGGUGGGAAAUGUAUUAAAUGUGUUCAUUAAUGAUUUGCUCCGAUUGGGGUGUGAAAACGAUUCUGGGUUGGGGGGAGGUCUUUUUAUCCUUUUUAUAGAGGUGUGACAUUUUAACAGGCGGCAGAGUUUUCUUCUUUGAAUGGAGUCGCGGAAAUCUUGGCCCGCUCCGAUUGGUAGGAACAAUAACUACGUCACAAGCUACAAGGCAAAAAAUAACUAUUAAUUCUUACUGUACUGAUAUGAGAAUGAGUGACAUUUAAACAUAAUUUCAAAAACGGGUAUCCCUUAUCAAGCUCAAACAUUGCAUUGAAAAAUAUUUAAUGAAAACGAUAUGUAACAAAAAUGUGUGCUAGUUAUGUGUCCUAAUUUAAAAAGCUCCGAUGCUGCUGUAACAAGUUAGUCAGGUGUUAAAAACUAAAUUUAACUCUACUUAUGUUAUUUUAAUAACAUUAACGUUUAAAACAUAAUAUUAUGUCAUGCUUGUAAACGCAUUGUUUUGGUGCGAGGUCGACAGGGAAGUGUAUGUGGGGGGGGGGGGUGCUAAGGACAUUCUGUACAGAUGGAGUGGGAUAAAGGAAAACGUUAAAGAAAAACUAUCAUUAACGUUUAAAACAUAAUAUUAUGUCAUGCUUGUAAACGCAUUGUUUUGGUGCGAGGUCGACAGGGAAGUGUAUGUGGGGGGGGGGGUGCUAAGGACAUUCUGUACAGAUGGAGUGGUAUAAAGGAACACGUUAAAGAAAAACUAACAUAACUAACACUGUAAAAGGUAUUUUAUAAAAUAUAUUAAAAAUUUUAAAUCACAAAAAGUUAAUUUCAUAACUGUUGACUUUCAAAUUUCUAAAAUUUUAGGAAACUGUUGGUUCAUAGCGGCUGCUGCAGCCCUUGCUACUCAGCACCCAGACCAGUUUAAAAGAGUUGUUCCCCUUAAUCAGACCUUCCGCCCUCCACAAUACACAGGUGAAACACAAAGUCUAGGACGCUUUUUAAAAGUCUUCGUUAUUCCUAAAAUAUUUUCUUUAGCGGCACAUUUCGAUCCACAGUCAUCAAAAUAAUAAUCAUAAUGAAAAUGAUGAUAGUCUUGGCAAUAGUCCAUGCUUGUUUCUUUUAGGGAAGUUCGUGUUCUAUUUUUGGUGGCAGGGGACAUGGAGACAAGUGGAAAUUGAUGACUACCUUCCCACAAACAAUGGCCGGCCGAUCUACUGUAGGAAUGUGCGGAGACCAGAUGAGUUUUGGCCUUGUCUGUUAGAGAAAGCGUAUGCCAAGUAAGAUUGAAGCUACCUAACCUUUUUUUUUUUUAGAAAGGUUUAUUUAAAAGUGACUUUUUGGACUACUAACUCUAGAUACAAGACGACUGGGCGGUCAUCAGAUUAAAAUCAGGAGUGUUUGUUAUUGGCCAGGAGGUGAAAACUGGCCGCGGAAUGACGUCAAGAUCGUUUGCAAUGUUUGUGCUGAUAGUCGAGUGUAUGUAUUAAUUACUAGAUUUUUACCAGCGGCUUUGCUGGCGUGGAGUCGUGUUUUUGAUACAGUGGUUUUAAAGAAAGAUACGUUGUUUUUUUUACAAAUUAUUUACAUUUCAAUAUCUUAAACUUUCUAAAAAAAUCAAUUCCAAAAACCUUAACCCCAUCCAAGGUAUUUUGGGGGGAAAUUGUUUUUAAAAACCCAUUUCCUUAUUCUAAAAGAAGAAUUUCAAAGAAUUUUUUUUUUUACAUCAAUAGCAAAUUCGAUGUUUAAAGAUCUAGAUAUGUUCAUUGAAUGUACCCCCCCCCCCCAAACCAACCCAUCAAACCUCUUUUUUCCAUGCCGACAAAUUGUGUUUUCGGAUAAACUUUAAACGUGUAUUUCCAGAUUUAAAGAAGAAUUUAAGAUCCAAUAUUCACGUAUUUACAAUCGAUAUGUUAUUUUAACGUAUAAUAUUAUAUAUUGUUUCUUUCAAUGCAAUAUAGUCGCGGAAAACGCCGUUUCUUUAACAUGGGUGUAGCCGUAGCGACUCGAAAAAGGAUGAACCUGUAUGUGCUUUUUGAGCCGGUGACUACCUUAACUUUUAUUUUGCAUGCCUUACUCAAGACUGAAUGGCAGCUACGCAGCAUUGGAAGGUGGUUUAGAAGGUAAAACACUGGAUCAGGCACUGGUCGCCCUGACCGGGGGCAACCCAGAAGUCCUGAAUCUACGAGGACAAACCAGAGGAUCACCCGAGCUGUUUGAGCGAUUGUAUUCAUACAAUCAAAGGAAGGACGUCAUGGGAGCUGUCAUUUACGUUAGUUAUCUUUCUUUAGCCGUCAAAACAUGACAACUCAUUGUGAAUAUUAAUUAAAUAAUGUAUUUAUUCAUCAAAAAAUUACAACUAGUUGUCAAUGUUGAUUUAAGUCAUUUCAUUUAUUUUAAAAGAAAUAAUUAGUAAUUAGCACAUGACCGCCAAUCACGAAAUGUGUGUAUCAUAACUAUCCAGUAAUGUCUGUAACAUUAUAUCAUUGUCGAAUAACAUAUUGUUUAAAAAUAUCUAAGGAGAAAAAAAAGAAAUUGAGGAUUAUAAUUAAUUUCUUACUGACUAAAACAAAGGUACUACUUAGUUAUGUUGUGUGUAUUUGUUUCUUAUAUAUAUAUAUAUAUAUAUAUAUGAUUAAAAUUAAUAUGUAUAACGUAAUUGAAACACACUGGCGUUUAUUUAAUUAAUUCCAAAAAUAUCAUCUUAUGUUAUUCAAUAUUUGCUCUUAUAAGACUUAUUAAUUAGUUAUCCUAUUUCUUUGCUACAGGGAGGGGCAGCCAGGGCGAGUCAUGUCCUUAAUGGCCUUAUAAGUGGACAUGCUUACAGCAUAACUGGCUUUCGUCAGGUUUGUAAGCUUAUAAAUCCUGUUAACCAUAGUUCAAUUUCUAUUGAAAAUCUCUAUUAUGAUUCUGUUGAACUGUUCAUGUAACUUAAGAGCGUUUUGAUUUGAAGGCAGAACAUCUAAUCAGCUGUUCCUCCACUUCAGGUCGAGUUAUUUGGAAGAAAGGUCAACUUAGUACGCCUGAGGAACCCCUGGGGUCGAGGUGAAUGGCAAGGAGCUUGGUCAGACAAGUGAGUCCUGGACAUGUCAUUAGAUUAAAAAGCUGCUGAGGGGUUUAUUAAUUUCCAAUUAUUUUGUGUUGUAUCAUUGCGUUCACGGAGCAAUGCGUGCAGAUUUAAAAUAUCUUUCAUUGUCUUAUUUUUUGGUAUUUCGGCUUCUACAUUUCUUACCCACUGCUUGAACCAUAUGAAACGCUUUAUCUAUAUAAUGGGGUUUAGCCUUUAAAAAAAUAAAAAAAAAAAAAAAAAAAAAAAAAAAAAAACAAUUUAAAAAAUGAAAGCACUACAACGUGAUAGUUUUAAAGGUUUAAAAAGUACGUUUUUUGCUAUAAAUUAAUUUUUGAUAUUUUAUUUAAAACUUAAAAAGCUUUAACGACACUUUGUAGUUAUUAAGAUGAAAAAGGCGAAUGGAUACUAGCAUACAUACUCUGGUUGAGGAAUGAAGCUACGGCUAGUACAUUGUUAACAAACUCUAUUUUCCUGGCUGUGCCAUAUAACAUUGUUGUAACCUAAGACUCAAGCCACCCUGGCCUCUCUCGAAACAUUCAGAGCAUUCAGUUAACAGAUGAGCUAGUGCGGAUCAUUCAGUCAACAGAUAAGCUAGUGUCUCCGAGGUCAGCGAGGCGUCAGAGUACAAAUGAAUAAGAUACUAAAUUACCCUAUAGACUGAUCUGACGAACGUACAGUUUUUAUACCUUUCAGAUGAACAUAUUUUGAAACUAACAAUAUAAACAUACACUGACUUAAAUAUUGUCAUUGUUCCGCAGUUCACAGGAGAUGAACGCCAUGUCCAUGGAUCUAAAACGAGCUUUGCUUUUCGAAAUUAAAGAUGAUGGAGAAUUCUGGUAAAUUUUGUGUCAUACAUAUUUCAUUACAUAAAAGUGCUAAUAUAAUAUGAAAAAAACAAUAACCCAUAAUGGGUACAGUUUCAUCAAAUAGCUUAAGAUAUAGUUUCACUGGAGUAGGUAAAUCUAAUAUAAUUUGAAAAAAAAACAAUAACCCAUAAUGGGUACAGUUUCAUAAAAUAGCUUAAGAUAUAGUUUCACUGGAGUAGGUAAAUCUAAUAUAAUUUGAAAAAAAAACAAUAACCCAUAAUGGGUACAGUUAAUUAAAUAGCUUAAGAUAUAGUUUCACUGGAGUAGGUAAAUCUAAUAUAAUUUGAAAAAAAAAACAAUAACCCAUAAUGGGUACAGUUAAUUAAAUAGCUUAAGAUAUAGUUUCACUGGAGUAGGUAAAUCUAAUAUAAUUUGAAAAAAAAACAAUAACCCAUAAUGGGUACAGUUAAUUAAAUAGCUUAAGAUACAGUUUCACUGGAGUAGGUAAAUCUAAUAUAAUUUGAAAAAAAAACAAUAACCCAUAAUGGGUACAGUUAAUUAAAUAGCUUAAGAUAUAGUUUCACUGGAGUAAGUAAAUCUAAUAUAAUUUGAAAAAAAAAACAAUAACCCAUAAUGGGUACAGUUAAUUAAAUAGCUUAAGAUAUAGUUUCACUGGAGUAGGUAAAUCUAAUAUAAUUUGUAAAAAAAACAAUAACCCAUAAUGGGUACAGUUAAUUAAAUAGCUUAAGAUAUAGUUUCACUGGAGUAGGUAAAUCUAAUAUAAUUUGAAAAAAAAACAAUAACCCAUAAUGGGUACAGUUAAUUAAAUAGCUUAAGAUAUAGUUUCACUGGAGUAGGUAAAUCUAAUAUAAUUUGAAAAAAAAACAAUAACCCAUAAUGGGUACAGUUUCAUAAAAUAGCUUAAGAUAUAGUUUCACUGGAGUAGGUAAAUCUAAUAUAAUUUGAAAAAAAAACAAUAACCCAUAAUGGGUACAGUUUCAUAAAAUAGCUUAAGAAUAGUUUCACUGGAGUAGGUAAAUCUAAUAUAAUUUGAAAAAAAAACAAUAACCCAUAAUGGGUACAGUUUCAUAAAAUAGCUUAAGAUAUAGUUUCACUGGAGUAGGUAAAUCUAAUAUAAUUUGAAAAAAAAACCAAUAACCCAUAAUGGGUACAGUUAAUUAAAUAGCUUAAGAUAUAGUUUCACUGGAGUAGGUAAAUCUAAUAUAAUUUGAAAAAAAAACCAAUAACCCAUAAUGGGUACAGUUAAUUAAAUAGCUUAAGAUAUAGUUUCACUGGAGUAGGUAAAUCUAAUAUAAUUUGAAAAAAAAACCAAUAACCCAUAAUGGGUACAGUUAAUUAAAUAGCUUAAGAUAUAGUUUCACUGGAGUAGGUAAAUCUAAUAUAAUUUGAAAAAAAAACCAAUAACCCAUAAUGGGUACAGUUAAUCAAAUAGCUUAAGAUAUAGUUUCACUGGAGUAGGUAAAUCUAAUAUAAUUUGAAAAAAAAACAAUAACCCAUAAUGGGUACAGUUAAUUAAAUAGCUUAAGAUAUAGUUCCACUGGAGUAGGUAAAUCUAAUAUAAUUUGAAAAAAAAAACAAUAACCCAUAAUGGGUACAGUUAAUCAAAUAGCUUAAGAUAUAGUUUCACUGGAGUAGGUAAAUCUAAUAUAAUUUGAAAAAAAAAACAAUAACCCAUAAUGGGUACAGUUAAUCAAAUAGCUUAAGAUAUAGUUUCACUGGAGUAGGUAAAUCUAAUAUAAUUUGAAAAAAAAAACAAUAACCCAUAAUGGGUACAGUUAAUUAAAUAGCUUAAGAUAUAGUUUCACUGGAGUAGGUAAAUCUAAUAUAAUUUGAAAAAAAAAACAAUAACCCAUAAUGGGUACAGUUAAUUAAAUAGCUUAAGAUAUAGUUUCACUGGAGUAGGUAAAUCUAAUAUAAUUUGAAAAAAAAAACAAUAACCCAUAAUGGGUACAGUUAAUUAAAUAGCUUAAGAUAUAGUUUCACUGGAGUAGGUAAAUCUAAUAUAAUUUGAAAAAAAAAACAAUAACCCAUAAUGGGUACAGUUAAUUAAAUAGCUUAAGAUAUAGUUUCACUGGAGUAGGUAAAUCUAAUAUAAUUUGAAAAAAAAAACAAUAACCCAUAAUGGGUACAGUUAAUUAAAUAGCUUAAGAUAUAGUUUCACUGGAGUAGGUAAAUCUAAUAUAAUUUGAAAAAAAAAACAAUAACCCAUAAUGGGUACAGUUAAUUAAAUAGCUUAAGAUAUAGUUUCACUGGAGUAGGUAAAUCUAAUAUAAUUUGAAAAAAAAAACAAUAACCCAUAAUGGGUACAGUUAAUUAAAUAGCUUAAGAUAUAGUUUCACUGGAGUAGGUAAAUCUAAUAUAAUUUGAAAAAAAAAACAAUAACCCAUAAUGGGUACAGUUAAUUAAAUAGCUUAAGAUAUAGUUUCACUGGAGUAGGUAAAUCUAAUAUAAUUUGAAAAAAAAACAAUAACCCAUAAUGGGUACAGUUAAUCAAAUAGCUUAAGAUAUAGUUUCACUGGAGUAGGUAAAUCUAAUAUAAUUUGAAAAAAAAAACAAUAACCCAUAAUGGGUACAGUUAAUCAAAUAGCUUAAGAUAUAGUUUCACUGGAGUAGGUAAAUCUAAUAUAAUUUGUAAAAAAAAACAAUAACCCAUAAUGGGUACAGUUAAUUAAAUAGCUUAAGAUAUAGUUUCACUGGAGUAGGUAAAUCUGCACGCGAGUAAAACAAGUUUCACCAUUUGUCUUAUUGUGCCUUACAAUGUGAGUUCUUCUUGCACUUCCGGUGUUUCCUACAAAUCCAAAAUAGUGCCUCUGUCGGAAACUUAUAUUGUUCACUCUGUUUGUAGCAUAUUGAAAACUUGUCAAGACACAUACCACAUAACCACAUAUGAUAGUUUUAUGGAUACAUUGAAAUUUUAGUGGUUUUAUUCUAUUUUUUAAAUAUAUUUAUUUCGUAGGAUGAACUUCGAUGAUUUCAUUGCCAUGUUUGACGAGAUCGCCAUCUGUCAUCUGUAAAAGAAUACAACUUACAAAAGGAACUAACAAAAACUCCAUUGCUCUAAUCAAACUCGGAAAGGGAAUUUAGUAGUUGAUGUAUAGCUGUUUAGAAACUGUAUUUUGUAUGUAAAAUUUCCGCUCGGGAUGUAACGGCUCAUUAAAUAUCAUGGAUUCGUAUUUCCUGUAAAAUUGCAAUCAAUUUAACUUAAAUUGUAUAGAGUUUUGUUGCAAUUAACAUCUUUCCACUGUCAAAAACAAAAAAAAAAACUUUCAGCAUUUCAACUAUUUAAAUUUUAGAAAUCUCCUUUAAGGUGCAAUUAGAGCAUGACUUUUAAGCUAAGUAAUGGUGUUAAUUACAAAUAGAAUGAUAGCUUCAUGCUUUAAAAAAACAUAGUUAUUAUUAGCAUCAGUGUUUCUUUUUCCCUUAUUUAUUUUUAAAGCUUAGAAUCCAGGAGAUUUUAUAACAAUUUCAGUU